AUGUCUGCGGAGUACGAUGAUGUCAAGAUAGAUCCUGUUUUCAAACAUAUCAUGGCGAUUGCGGAAAAUAACCUCAAGUUUUCGGGGAAAUUGGUGGAUAGCUUCUUGUGUAAGCAGCUGAUUACCUCGAAGAUGCAUGAGAAGUGGUUUGUAUUUGCGAGGAAUCCUCUCCGGUUUUCGCUUCAGGAGUACCACGCUGUGACAGGCCUCAAGAUCUCGCGGGAAAGUAGCUGUGACGUAGUUAAAUGGAAAAGUGAUGGCGGAUUUUGGAGUGAACUACUAAGGACAGGUGGUAAGAUCACCUUGCAGUCGAUCAAAAAGGUGCAUCUACAAGAAGUUCACAGCUGGUCUCGGCGUGAUAGGAUGAGGUUGAUCUACUUAUGUGUGAUAAUGGGCGUGGUGAUGGGGAGAGAUGAGAAGGUGAACAUCCCUCAUAUGUACAUCAAGCUGGUGAUGGAUCUUGAGAAGCUUCGGAACUUCCAUUGGGGUCUUCACUCCUAUGACUUCUUACUGAGUUCCAUUGAGAAGGUUAGGAAGAAGUUGGGUAAGAAGAACAGCUACAUUUUUGAGGGGUUCUCCUAUGCGUUCCAGAUUUGGAUUAUGGAAGCAAUUCCGGAUUUUGGAGAAAUAUGUGGCAGCAAAGUCUCGGACAGUUUCAUCGGUCCAAGGUGUGGAAAUUGGAAAGGAGUUGCAAAAGUUUCUUAUGAAGACAUCAUUCAACUUGAGGAAUCGUUUACUGAGAAGGGAGACUUGUUCUCGAUAAUUUCAGUGAGUGGCAAUGGUGAUGUGUUGAGGCAUGCUGAUUAUACAAGGAAGGAUGAGAUGGAAGAUGAACGUGUGGACCUUCUUCUCGAUAGGAUUAAAAUCAAUUUUGAUUGGAGCAACACACAAUGGCCAGUUAUAGAGGAUGAAGAGACUGAGAUGGAGGAAGUCGAUACAAAGUCAGAAACUGAUAAGAGUGUGGAUGCUACUGAUAUUGCAGCAGAUGUGGAGACAUCUUCGGUUAAUGUUGCUGGAAGAGGCAAGAGAAAGAUUCAGGAUGAAGGAGCCGAGACAAGAAAGAAGAAGUUGCUGUGUAAGCGAACAGCAGAAAAAAAACAGAGUAUUGAUCAAGAAACUAAGAGUUUCAUUGAGGGUUUGGUCCACUCAUCUGUCAGUUCCUUGGGAGAUAUACUCAGAGCGCAAAUGGCGAGUAUGGAGAGCAUGUUCAAAGAGAGGAUCGACAACAUGGAGAUCGAGGUUUCACAGCUCAGGGAAGCAAUCAGUUUGAGUGCCGAAGGAAGCGUUCCUAAGAGCAAAACCGAUGAAGCUGCGCCUAAGACCAAAAUCGCUCAAGCUCCUCCAAAGAAAAAGGUCAAUCAAGCUCAAGCUCAAGCUCCAGCAAAGAAAAAGGUGAUUUUAUUAGUAGAAGACACCUUCUACAAUGCGUAG